AUGUCUGCAGUAGGUCAUCAGAUGACGGCGGCUGCCACCAACGAGACCGCCACCAACGGCGCCGCAUACGAUGCCCACACUGCCACCAACGCCAACGCCAACGCCAACGGCAACGGCCACGGCCACCACAGCUUUGACAAUGAAAAGGCUCAUCAAGCUCCCAACUACACCGGAGGCAGUGCUGGCGGCAACCACCUCAGCCGCACCUUGACUCCUGGUGGACACUUUGCCGAUGACGAUCUCAUCGCCAUUGCCAACACGCACAGGAGGAUCGCCAAUCCUCUUCCUCUUGGUGUGUUCGGAUUCUCGACGACGACGCUGCUUCUUUCACUGUACAACAUCAACAUCCGCGGGAUUGAGAUCCCCAACGCCGUCAUCGGAUUCGCGCUCGCGUACGGCGGCCUCGCGCAGUUCCUUGCGGGUCUCUGGGAGUUCGCAUGCGGCAACACGUUCGGUGCUACGGUCUUCACGUCGUUCGGCAUGUUCUGGUGGGGCUACUCGGUCAUCCUCAUCCCCUUCUUCGGCUUCAUGGGCAGCUACGACGGCCAGCCGGGCAUCUACUCUGCCAAAGGCAUGUUUGCCGCUGAAGCAGAAAGCGCUAUCGGUCUGUACCUCUGGAUCUGGUUUGGUAUCACCACCGUCUACCUCAUCGCCUCGACGCGCGGAUCCAUGUCGCUGUUCGUGCUCAUCUUCUUCCUCUGGAUCACUUUCAUCUGCUUGGGUGCCAAUGCAUACACGGGCAACGCUCACUUGAAGACCGCAGGAGGUGCUUUCGGUAUCGCUACCGCCUUUGCCGGCUACUACCUUGGUCUUGCCAGCUUCCUGACCCCGUACAACUCGUUCUUCACCUUGCCCGUCAUUCCGCUCAGCAAGAAGGAGUAG